UCAUGGCUGCGAUCCGACCGCGGUUGACCCGCGUCCGAAAGCGACUCGUUGAAACGCUCAAAUCCACCAGCAUAGUGGCGUUGCUUGCACUAAGCUGGAUGUGCUACGCGCUCAGUGAUCAACUCCCUAACUCCGCGGGCGAUCGUGUCCGCGUGUCGCUCACGAACCUGCGCGCGGGAGACAUGGUAAACUUCACGUUCGCCGACAACGUGACGGGCUACUCAGUGCCAGUGGUGCCCGAUGUCGUCCACUUUGUGUUCCUCGGCAAUAGGUCGGUGACCUUGCUGGACGCCAUCUGCAUCCGAGCUGCCUGGCUGCAGAAAAAGCCUCGCAGGCUCGUCUUGCACUGCCAGAACUGCAGCGCGAUCGAUCUGAGCUUGCACUGGGCCCUCAUCGAAAGAAUACCCGGUCUUGACGUGCGGCACGUGGAAAUGCCGGAAGGUGCCUCCGACAUCGGAUAUACUGAUCCCGAGGAGGUGAGACCGUUGGUAGCGCUCAGCAUCCUGUUGGCCGAAGGUGGCAUCUACGUGGACAGGGACACGUACCUGCUGCGCAGUGCCAGUGGCUACCGGCGCUUCGAGAUGGCGCUGGCUUGGCCUAACGGCGGCCGUGUCCGCACCGAGCUGAUCGUGGCGCACCGGAACGCUCGCCUGCUGCGAAUGUUGUACGACGGUUACCGCCGGCUUCUGACAGAAUCAAGGGGAACCAAGCCCAUCGAACUGCUCAGCAGUGUGGAGCGGGUUCUACCGGUCAACUUUUUUUCGAUGCCGCUCUUCCACCACAUACCGGUUACCACGAAAGACGAAACACCACAUGGAAGUGCCAUCGCGUUCGGAAGCUCAGAGACGGCGCGCAUGCUAUACAGUGCCAAGUGCGACUACUCGUGGCGACAUCUGGCAGCCGUGUCACUCAUGACUGGUUCCGCAGAGCAGCUGACCGAGACCCGCGGGGAGCCACCUGCCAACCUCGUGACCAUUGCCUUGUCCCGUACUAACUUUGGUCAGAUGGCUCGCCUGGCGCUUGGCGGUACAACAGCCAUGGGCGAAACGAGAGUGCGCGACGUGUCAGACAUCGCCGUUCUCCAAUACACGGAAGACGCCUGCAGCUAUUGACGGUGAAAGAAAACGGCGCUUAUGCUGUCAGCUGGACUGCAUUGUGUUGCUGGUGCUUGUAAAGACAUGCGGAUGUUCUGUGUUAAGUGCAUCGCGCCGGAAUUUCGAGACUCUUGGCUCCAUCUUUAUCAUGUAUCACCGUAAUUCGUUUUCUAUUUAUCUCUAAACGCAUCACUAGGACUAUCCAUUGCUUGAGAUUCACGUAAAAAACAUUAUCUUCCAGCCUCCGUCUUUCCCUCAUCAAUUUUCAGAAGACGCUUCAGAAGACAUUCUUUGAAGCCGCACUGCCACGAGCUCCACAUCUUCUCGAAGUGCAUCGAAAUUUUACAUGAGAGACGCUUUGUCAUCAUGAUUGCAUGAAUUAAAGCGCCCUUUAUAUUGAAGAUUUUGUUUAGUGCAGGAUACAAGUAUCAGUCAAUAUACAGUGUGCGCGAGGAAACACGGACAGAUAUUAAGCUAUCUUUUUUUUAAAACUGUGAUUUCUAAACGAAUGCUUUGAAUCAUAGAACAUAUUCAAACAGUUGCACUAAGACGACGACUUCUUAAGCACUUUUUGCCCAUGAGGAUAUGGCAGGGCGCUUACCUCUAACGAAGGGAAAGUGCUAGAAGAGUUCUUACGAAAUUAACACCAUAUUGAUAAAACACAGAGAAUGCAUUAUAUAAAGUGAUAUUUUGUCGCAGAAGGAGCGGGAAUCAUUUUGUUUUCCUUUGUGGCAGAUCCUAUUUAUCCCCCUUUCGCGUUUUAAUCACUUGUCAUUGAUUAUAUUUCUUUUUACAACAAAGAGUUAUCUUUGCUGAGCUUGCACGAGAAUUACAUUACACUAGGGGCGAUGGGCGAAAAUUACCAUAAUGGUUACAUUUAUACUUACAUUAAAAGUAGGUAGAACACUUCUGUCAAUCUUUGAACCGUGCUCUCUGAAAACUUACGCUCCCGUCAAGCACACCACAAUAUCACUUUCUUCUUUGCCAAUUGUAAUUACAUUACUACAGAACCAUUCUGUGUACAAAGUUCCCGUGAGCGACACGUGAACUAGGUGAUGCAUCCGUUGUUGAAAACAGCACACUAACUCUGACGCUGCGGUGUUCUUUAACGUGAAAACAAAGCGCCACAGACAAGACAUUUUGAAUUCCACACCCAUCGGCAUGCAACUACCGCAGCAAGGAAUCGAAGACGCGAUAUCCUGCUCGCAAUAAUAUAGACGGGAAUAUAGCGAACGAGAAUUGUUGAAAAACAGUGGUAUUAGAUGAACCGUUGUCACUGAUCGAUUCUCGUGUUAAAGGGA